AAUAGUGUAGACUGUAUUGAUAUGAGAAUUCUAUUUUGUAGGAGGAAGAGAUUGGCAGACUAAGGAAAAGACUUGCCGAUGCAAUCAAAUCUGAAGAAGCAACAAGAAAGCAAUGGAUUAAUGAGCGAAUGAUGUUAUCACAACUUAAACAAACAAAAAGUACUUCUGUCCCUUUUCCAUCAACAUUGGCACAGCAUAAAGUCCAGCAAAAACCUAAGAUACCACCAGAUCCACCGGUACAGCAUACAAAAAAGGCUGCAACUGGUGUCCAUUUUAAGACACAGCAGUUGCAACACCUCCCUCGUAGGCCAACAUUGGUUGCACCCAUUGACAGCAACUGGAAUGAAUUAGUGAAGUUUGCAAAAUUCAGCAACAAAGAAGCAGCAACAGAAACAAGACAGAUAUUAAGGAAACAAGGACUGUUGUUAUAAUAAAAUAAAUUUAAAAUUAAAAAAUAGAUCUAAGCAUAAACAGUUAAGUUAUGCUGAAUUGUAAUUUUAAUAGGUGUGGCUACCUAUAUGAUUCAAUAUGUCGGCUUUGGAAGAGGCUUCUUCACCACCCCAAGUUCUUGUUACUGGAGCCUCUGGUUAUGUAGCAACUCAUCUUGUUCAACAGUUGCUCGUUGGAGGUAAAGUUAAAGUACGGGGUACUGUACGUAGUCUGAAGAAUGAGUCCAAGAGUGCCCCACUGAUGAAACUGGUACCAGAUGCAAAGUAUCCACUGGAACUAGUUGAAGCUGAUUUACUUAACGAGGAAUCGUGGAUAGAAGCAGUUAAGGGAUGUGACUAUGUGUAUCACACAGCUUCGCCACUUCCUUUAGAAGACCCAAGAGAUGAGAACGAGAUUAUAAAGCCAGCAGUAGAUGGUACACUGAAUGUACUUAAAGCUUGUGUUGCAGCUGGGACUGUCAAACGUGUCGUAAUCACCAGUUCGGUUGUUGCGAUUUCUGGUGGUUUUAUAAUUCCACGAGAAAUCCCGUAUAAUGAAGAGGAUUGGGCUGACGAAUCGAUCUGCCCAGCUUAU